AGGUGGAGAAAGGAGGGUAGGGGAGAGAAAAUUGGGUGGUGGACUGGUGGCGAGACACCCAGAUGAGUGUAGCGGUGUACAUGCUCCAAGAGUCUCACAUGUGGGUGGAAGUGCAGGAGCUAGAAUCUACUAGAGUUUUUAAGUACUCUUUGUUAAUGUCACGGCAUCCUCAUACAGAAGUACACUAUCAAGUUGGCAAUACGGGAUUCUAGCCUUUGUAUUCUAAUUUCUGCUAUCAAGUCUCACAUUUGCUUAUUUUUUUGGUACAAUGGAAACUUCAGCAGUUAAAUUACUUCUAAGUAAAAACACUUGAAGAAUAAUCCAACCCCACCAUGUCCUAGAAAGAAAGCAGUGAACUCUAAGCCAAGAAACAAGUAAUGCAUAUAAAUUCAUUUUUUCUGCAACAGUUCAAGCACAACCUGCAAAACCUCAAAACACAAACCCAAAAAUGUUUAAUUUUUGUCAAGUCAUUGCAGGUUUUCUCUUUAUUAGCUUCAAAUUUUGCUUAGCAGACAAUGACAACCUCCAAGAUUUCUGCCCAGCAGAGACUCCAAGUUCAUAUCACUGCCCCACCACAAUUUUCAUCAAUGGCUUGCCUUGCAAGAACCCGGCAAAUAUAACAGCUUCUGAUUUCAAAACAUCGUACCUGAAAGAAGCUGGGGAUACCGAUAACUUCCUCCGCUCUUCCACAAAUAUUGUGACUGCAGCCCAAUUCCCAGGCCUCAACACCCUGGGACUCGGAUUGGCCCGUACGGAUUUAGAGGUAGAUGGUUUAGUGACCCCACAUGCUCACCCUCGGGCUGCAGAGAUGCUCUUUGUGAGCAAGGGGGUUGUGACAAUCGGGUUUAUUGAUACCAGAAAUCAGGUGUUCCAAAAGAUUCUAAAAGAAGGCGAUGUGUUCAUCAUCCCAAAGGGUAUGCUCCACUACUGUUACAAUACUGGAUUUGAGUUUGUCACCAUUUUCUCUGUACUCAACAGCCAGAAUCCAGGACUAAUUGACAUAUCAGGGGCCAUGUUUGGUCAUAGCUCCGAGGCUGCCAUGAAUAUGAAGGAAAGAGUGAUCUCUUUAUCUCAAAGGAAGGAUGAUCACCACACUUCCCACACAGCAUUUCCGAACCAGCAUUCAGAAUUAUAAGACGAGCUUCAUUGCAUUAUCUAUCAUACUGCCUUUUAUUUUCUAGGGUGUGCUUAAGUGAAAUUGUGCAACUAGAUGUAAAGUAAAUUAUGGCUUGAAAUUUUACGUUCAAAUCUGUAUGCCUACUCACAUUUUUUCAGAUUAGUAUAAAAGAAUGAUACAAAUUCUUUA